AUGAGAAGGACAGACGACAGAUGGACACUAAGAAAUUUGGAGCGGAUUCCCCGAAAAGCAAAACAUCCUCGGGAGAGGUCACCGACCAAAUGGGCUGACGUGUUCGUUACACGGAUGGACCAGCUGAAUUCUCAGCUGGUAGCGGGUAAUGGAUCUGGACCUCGCGAACAUCGCCACCGCAGUUCAAUAGCUACAUCAUGGAUGACGUUAGCGAGAGACAGAAACGGAUGGAAACAGUGCUGCGGCCUGCACGACAAAUGA